AUGGGAAAUCAAGGCCCUGAUGAUGACAAGUACCACUCCGAGGUAGAUGAGCGAACUGCGGAGGAGAAGGCCAUAGACGCCUGGCUACCAAUUUCUUCCUCGAGGAAUGCAAAAUGGUGGUACUCAGCUUUUCACAAUGUCACUGCCAUGGUUGGAGCUGGAGUCCUCAGUCUCCCUUUUGCCAUGUCAGAACUCGGCUGGGGGCCCGGAGUAACUGUGCUGAUCAUAUCUUGGAUCGUCACUUUAUACACUCUGUGGCAAAUGGUUGAAAUGCACGAGAUGGUUCCGGGGAAGCGUUUUGAUAGAUACCAUGAGCUUGGCCAGCAUGCUUUUGGUGAAAAGCUCGGUCUGUGGAUCGUCGUGCCCCAACAGCUAGUCGUUGAAGUUGGCGUGGACAUAGUCUACAUGGUUACUGGAGGAAAAUCACUCAAAAAAUUCCAUGAUUUGGUCUGUGCACACUGCAAAAAGAUUAAGCUCACCUAUUUUAUAAUGAUUUUCUCCUCGGCCCAUUUUGUGCUCUCCCAUCUACCCAAUUUCAAUUCAAUCUCUGGUGUAUCUUUGGCAGCAGCAGUUAUGUCCUUGAGUUAUUCUACCAUUGCUUGGGGGGCUUCAGUUGACAAGGGAGUGCAGAAAGACGUGCAGUAUGGAUAUAAAGCUACGACUACAGCAGGAACCGUUUUCAACUUCUUCAGUGCAUUGGGCGAUGUAGCUUUUGCUUAUGCUGGUCAUAAUGUGGUUUUGGAAAUUCAAGCUACAAUACCUUCUACGCCAGAGAAGCCUUCUAAGGUACCUAUGUGGAGGGGAGUGAUUGUUGCUUAUGUAGUUGUUGCAUUGUGCUACUUCCCUGUGGCUCUCAUUGGGUACUGGAUGUUUGGUAAUAAAGUCGAGGACAACAUUCUCAUCACGUUAGAGAAACCCAUAUGGCUCAUUGCCAUGGCUAACAUGUUUGUUGUGGUCCACGUUAUUGGGAGUUAUCAGAUCUACGCAAUGCCAGUUUUUGACAUGAUAGAAACUGUGCUUUAUAAGAAACUAAAAUUCAAGCCAAGUUGGCAUAUACGCUUUGUUUCAAGGAAUAUCUACGUGGGAUUUACAAUGUUUGUUGCCAUUAGCUUCCCUUUCUUUGGUGGGCUUCUAGGAUUUUUCGGAGGCUUUGCUUUUGCGCCAACCACAUACUUUCUGCCCUGUAUCAUGUGGCUUGCCAUCUACAAACCAAGGAAAUUCAGCCUAUCUUGGUGGACAAACUGGAUUUGCAUCAUUCUCGGCAUUCUGUUGAUGAUUGUAGCACCUAUCGGAGCCCUAAGGCAGAUUAUACUUCAAGCCAAAGACUACAAGUUCUACUCAUAA